UUUACUGGCAUGGUUUAUUACGGCCGGUUGUUAUUUAUAUUUGUUUAUUUUAUUGUAUUGUUUCCAUGAGUGCAAAGCAGGAGACAUUCGAAGCCAUUUUGAAAGAAGCUCGAGACUGUCCAGACCCGCAACCGCCUUACCUCAAAAAGCGUCCCAUCAUAUGCAGUUACUCCAUAACUGUCGUGAACGGCAAGCGGUACUUUAAUGGCAACAGUACCGUCACAUCGGACACACCGUUUCUAAAUUUCAGUGGGAGAACGUAUGACGUGGACGACGUUGGUCGGCGAACGCUGAAGUUUCAAAUUCCACACGUUACAUGCCGGAACAUUUUUGUUAGAGCCGUCCUUAUGUACGCGAAUAUAACUCUGGACUCAAAAAAUUGUAUGUUGAGAAAAGGAAUAUACCAUCACGAACAAAUGGAUUUGGACAAGAUUUCACACACCAUGCUGACUUGGCACGCUCGAGGCAACAUCGUGCAUGAGCUGCAGCUGGUUGCUGGAGGAAGCACUGUCUUCUGUGCCGAGUUCCUCGUUACAGUACAGUAGAAAAAUAAUACAAUAAAACUUAUGGU